GGCCCGUCGAGGGAGCGUGGCGGCAAGCGGCUCGCGGGGCUGGCGGCUGAGGCCCGAGGGCGGCGAGAGGCCUGAGGCCCAACACAGUGAUGUCCGAGCUCAGUGAUGAAGCCAGCGAGCCGGAACUCCUGAACCGCAGCUUGUCCAUGUGGCAUGGGCUAGGGGCGCAGGUUAGCCAGGAGGAGCUGGACGUCCCCCUGGAUCUUCACACAGCUGCCUCCAUCGGCCAGUAUGAAGUGGUGAAGGAAUGUGUGCAGCGGAGAGAGUUAGAUUUGAAUAAGAAGAAUGGUGGUGGCUGGACCCCGCUGAUGUAUGCCUCCUACAUUGGCCACGACACCAUCGUGCACCUGCUGCUGGAGGCGGGGGUGAGUGUGAAUGUGCCGACCCCAGAAGGGCAGACUCCACUGAUGCUGGCCUCCAGCUGUGGCAACGAGAGCAUCGCCUACUUUCUCCUCCAGCAUGGCCGCCUGGAGGGCGCCCGCCCCACACAGAGGAGAUGAGGCCGUAACACACAUUCUGUGUUCUCUUGAAGCAAGGUGCAGAGCUGGAAAUGAAAGACAUCCAGGGCUGGACAGCCCUCUUCCACUGCACCAGCGCCGGGCACCAGCACAUGGUCAGGUUCCUCUUGGACAGUGGAGCCAAUGCCAACGUAAGGGAGCCGAUAUAUGGAUUUACUCCUUUGAUGGAAGCAGCUGCAGCUGGCCAUGAAAUAAUCGUGCAGUAUUUUCUGAAUCAUGGAGUCAAGGUGGACGCAAGAGACCACAGUGGAGCCACAGCCCGGAUGCUGGCCAAGCAGUACGGACACAUGAAGAUCGUGGCCUUGAUGGACACUCACUCACCCUCUCUGCCCAAGAGCCUCUAUCGGAGCCCAGAAAAAUAUGAAGAUCUAAGUUCUUCUGAUGAGUCCUGCCCUGCUCCUCAGAGACAGAGGCCGUGCCGGAAGAAGGGUGUCAGCAUCCAUGAGGGGCCGAGAGCGCUGGCCAGGAUCACAGGCAUUGGCCUCGGGGGCAGGGCCCCACGGUGUCGCUAUGAGCAGGCGCCUCUCCGUGGCUAUGUCACCUUCAACAGCAGUGGUGAGAACCCCCUGGAAGAAGAGGGCCUCUGCUGCCGGGAUGUCACCUCCCCCAUCAACGAGCGGGACAUAGAAAGCAGCAGCAGCAGCAGCAGUCGGGGCGGACACCCUGUCUUCCCGCCCUCAGAGGGACAUGCUUUCUGUGCCAACCUGGGGGCCGUCAGGAGCAGCAGCAGCAGCGAUGGCCUGGCCAGAGCGCAGGGGCUCAGCAGCGAAGCUUCUGUGGAGAGCAACGAGGACUCAGAUCACGCCUGUAAAAGUUCAGUUCGCAGACAAGCUAAAAGUUACAUGAAGACCAAGAAUCCCGACAGCCAGUGGCUGCCCUGCCCUGGGACUGACAAGGAAGCCUUUCCCCCCGAGUCCAGGCCCCAGACUCAGAGGGCACCUUACUCAGGACCCCAGGACCUGGCCGCGCUGCUGGAGCAGAUUGGCUGUCUGAAGUACCUGCAGGUGUUUGAGGAGCAGGACGUGGACCUCCGCAUCUUUCUGACCCUCACCGAGAGCGACCUGAAGGAAAUUGGCAUCACGCUGUUUGGGCCCAAGAGGAAGAUGACGUCCGCCAUCGCCCGUUGGCACAGCAGUGCCCGCCCGCCUGGGGACGCCCUGGAGCUGGCCUAUGCCGACCGGCUAGAGGCUGAGAUGCAGGAGCUUGCCAUCCAGCUGCACAAGCGCUGCGAGGAGGUAGAGGCCAUUCGGGGCCAGGUGUGCCAGGAGCAGGAGCUGCGGGCCGUGGUGGAGAGCUGCCUGCUGGAGCAGGACCGCGCCCGUGAGGAUAUCCAGGCCCAGCUUCGGGAGACGUGGGCCCUAGCCCGGGAUGCUGCCCUUGUCCUGGAUCAGCUGCGGCCUCUGCCCUCACCAGCACUUGUUCCUGUGUCUGGCAGAGCCUGUCAAGCUGAGCUGUCAGCCCGAGUGAGGCGGGACCGGUCCCCUGGUGCAGCCCCCCUUGGCCCAGCCCUCUCGCCGGCUGAAUCCAAGGGCCAGCAAGUGUCCCUGCAGGCCAUGAGCCUCCCCGAGCUCUCAGGAGCCCUGGAGGACCGUGUUCAUGAGAUGGGACAAGCACUGUGCUCAGUGACCCAGAGCCUGGAGAAGCUGCAGGUGCUGAACGGGAAGAAGUGGCGGGAGCCCUAGCCCUCGGCUGAAUCUGACGUUGGGUGAUUGGUCCACCCUGAAGCUGUGUGCCAGGGAGUGAGGAGGGCAGUGAGCAGGUGGCUGCUAUGUGCAGCGCGGGCCCAGGCAGGGCCAGAGGAUCAGGCCCCGGGAGCAGCCGGCAGACAGAGGCAAGCUGGGAGCUGCGGCCCUGGCUGGGCAGCUUGGGCCAGCACUGAGGUGGGAUGAGGAACUCACCCCAAGCCUGGCGGUGAGGCCAGAAUGCAUGGGCUGCCCUGGCCCCGACCAGGCAGGGCCCUGGGGGAAGUGUGCCCAUACACACAGGUGCCAACUGAGGUUCAACCUUAGGGGUGAGGACAGGGCACCUGGAAAACACCAUUGGUUGGAAAAUAAAAUUUAAGAUCAGCUAGUGAA